AUGCGGCAGGAGCAGGGAGGCGCGCGUUCGAUGAGGCUGUGGUGGCCACGUCGUCGGCACCGGACUGGCAGAACUCGUGGCAGGAGGUGGGAGCCGAGGUGCAGCGCCAGCUGCGUGAGAAGCGCGAGCGGGGCGACAUCCCCGAGCCAACGCGGGUGGAGCGCGUGCUCCAGCAGCUCGAGGCGCGCUACCAGCAACAACUCAACCAAGACCAACCGCCAUCGGCACCUUCAUCAUCAACAUCAACAUCAACCCAGGAGCAGAAGGAGAGCGAGACGAUCAAGUGGUCGAGUAGGAGAAGGUAUUAAACAAAACUACAAGAGACGACGACGACGAAGAGUCGUCUCCUUUUUCUUUAAAGCGAAUGGUACACAUGAGGGGUAG